AUGGUUCACACGAUCAAAGAUGGGGAAUGUACUCGCGGCUUCACCGUCAAAACCCUCAUCUCCCAGCAAUGUUGCAUCGAUGCCGCCGCCGCCACCGCUUACGGCAGCUCCCCUGUUGAACCAAAGCCGCAGCCGGAUGAAAAACCAUCCAAUAGCAACCCUGGAACGUAUGAAGAUCUACACAAGUCGUGUAAAGGUAGGGUAAAGAUCGUCAGGCUUCGUAAAAUUUCACCGGCUUCAUGGCGCAUUUGGAUUGUUUGAUUAUGUAAUUUAUCGUAAAUCUAGACUAGGCAAUCUUAAAGCUUAUUUAUUCGUUUUUACAGCCGUUUGUUUCCCGCGAUUUCUGUAGAUUUUUCUGGGAGUUUGUGCAAGUUUGCUCUUAAUAUUCCUUACUACGUGGAAAUUAGUAGUCAGAAUGGAUUUACAAUCCCAGCGAUCUUUACUGAAUUCCGUUUCACUAAAAUCGAACAUACUUCGCCAAUGAGAUAUUUUGAAAAAAUUGCUGUUUUACUCGCUCUAAACAUUUAAUGUUGAAGGGCAUGAAGAAUUUUCAGGUACACAAAAGUACAUGGAUUAAAAAUUCCUACAUAGUUUCGACAAUGUCCUCACCCCACCCCCUUCCGUUCUUACCCCACCAGGAAGAGUAAGUAGAGUUCUUACUGAAACUGACCACACGAAUAUGUUUACAACACCACUUGAUUGGCCAGUUUCAGUGGUCUCUGAUUUACAUUACAUUCUGUGGUACCUAACGAAAAAUAUUACUACGGAUAUCAAGCUAAAUGGUCAAAUAUACUGGAUCCUCUGCCUCACCUUCUAUCAUCUGCCACAUGAAAGAUUAACCCUUUAACUCCCAUGAAUGACAAAGACAUAAUUUCUCCUAACCAUAUUAAUUCAAAAUCAAGCAGACAAGUGGUGAGAGUAGAGAAAAAUAUCACCUAGGGGAUUUUUAGAUGAUCCAAUACUAACGUCUCCAAAACUAGCAUUAUAAGAAUUGUAUGGUAGAUUGUGAGGAGAAUUUCUUAUGAGAUCUUGCAAAUGGAAAGGUUAGAUGUGAUUUUUCAUCAAAGAAGAAAUUAGAGGGAGACACUCCCUCUACAAAAUUCUUAGAAGGCUUGGUGACCAAACUUAACCCUCCACUACGAAAAUCUUCCUCUUGCAUAACCCUUAACUCUCGAAAUCUAGAUUGAAUUUCUCCUCCCUGUAUACAGUAUAUUUCUUAUAGUUUUAGUUCUGAGAAUUUUGCGAUUAAUCAGAAUAAUUUCCUUGUAGACAUUUUCUUCCCCCUCACUGCAUUUCAUCCUGAAAUUUUUCUUCAUUUUGUUAGGAGCAAUUAUAUUUUUGGUCCCUGCAUUUCAUAGUUUGAAAUUACAGACUCAUUUGAGUAACUUUGUUUUGAAAAUACAACUGUACUAAUGUGGUGUUGGCUUUCUUGAUAUCUGAACUUUCAUUGUGAUUUUCAGUGUGAUCACAGAUUCUGAGUUUCUCAGGUUCUGUUAUGUAACUCAACAAUGUCAAUGAUAAAUCCAUUGUAAUUUUCAAAGUAUUCACAGUAUUCUUAGUUUCCCAGUUCAUAUUUUUUAACUCAACAUUGUCAAUGAUAAAUCUUUUAUUGUGCUAAUUUAUGUUCUUUCUAAUUUGAAUUUUUCAGACGUCUUCCCUCAGCCAUUUGAGGGCUGUAAACUUGCUAUCAAUAAAGGCCUAAGCAACCACUUUCAAGUCAGCCACACCCUUCAGCUCAGUAGUAUGGGGCCAGGAGCAUAUCAUUUUGGAGCCACCUAUGUAGGAAAUAAGCAGACAGGGCCUAAUGAGGUGAUGAUGAUGAUGAUGAAGGGCUAAUAGAGAAACUUUCAAUUGAGUGUUGAAAAUAAUCAGGGACUGUUUUUUUUUACUUUACUUUGCUCUGUGUUUGUUCCAGAAAACUUGCAUCAUCCUCUCAACUAAUCAGAUGCAAAACUAAAAACAACUGCAACCUGAUCAUUUGUAUUUUCCCAUGCUUUAAUCCUUUAACCCCUAAGAGUGACUAGCAUCUAAUUUCUCCUGACAAUAUCACCACUGAAUUACACAUUAUUGUCAUGAGAAUAAAGGAAAUGAUCACCAACUAAAGAAGCUUUUGAUUGUUAGACAAAUUCUCCUUGUCAGCACCUUAGUCAAUGUACAGAGAACAGUAUGGAGAUUAUGAAUACUGAUGUUCGGGUGUAAAGUGUCAAGCAGAUUUUUUGUUAUCACUUUGGGUUUUCAUUGGCUAAUGUUUAAGGUAACCAUUGUUCUGACUGUUUGCAGGGAUGACUUUAGUUUCAGCUUUUUUCAACACUCUAUUGGAAACUGCUCUGAAAAAUGAUUUUGACAAUGUGGAUUAAUUCCUCUGACCCUCUUUUUUUUAUGAGUUUAGUCUGAAACCUCUGUAUCUCCUUUGUUGGAUAGCAUUGAUAUUGUAAAGUGCUUUCUCGGGAGUUGAGGUGGCCUGGUAAUGAACAUGCUGGUCUCAAUGGGGGGAGGUUUGGAUUUAAGCCCUGGCCAGGUCAUAGAGUGGUUUUCCCAGGAAAGUCACUUUACUAUAACAGUGGCUUUCUCUCCAACCAGGGGUAUAAAAUGGUACCGGUUAAUUUUCAGGGAAGCCCUAUGAAAUGCUGGGGGAGGCUACCUGUGAUUGGACCAGUCUCCCAUUGCUUAACUUAUAAUUCUAUGGUUAAGGAGUUGAAAUCCAUACUUGAGUCAAGCUACCCAUCUAGCUGGAGCUCAUCCCUGUUUUCAUAGCAUGAAGCAACUAGGAGUAUUGCUACUCCCUCCUCCCCAGAAUAGGAUGCCCACGUGUUGCAAGGUUACCCCCAAGCAUUUCAAAAGGCUUCCUUAACAAUUUGUCAGUACCCAUUAAUACUCCCUGGUAGAAAGAGGCACAGUGAGAAUAAAGUGUUUUUGUUCAAGAACAAAACACAUUAAUCUGACCAGGUUCAAACCUGGACCUUUCAAAAUGCAGUCCAAUGCACCAUGUAUUAGGUCAUAGCAUCGCACAUCAAAUCUCUUUGGUUUUGACUGUUAACAAAUAUCUCAUACUUUCAUGUUCUGUUCGUAAUUUUUAGGCAUUUCCUGUGUUGCUUGGAGACAUUGACACAAAUGGCAGCCUUAAUGCUCAAAUGAUUCAUCAGUUUACCAACAGACUAAGAGGGAAAAUGGUGAUACAGGUAAUCCUUUUGAGCUUUUUUUUUAUGUUAAAAAGCCGUAACGCAAUUGAACUAAUCCUUAGAAUUACAGUUGCCAUUAAAUUCCACACCUUUCAAGGUCUCAACAGAAUUCCAAAAACCUUCAUAAAAUAUUGGUCAAGUUUAAAAAAAUGAUACUUGUUGAUUUAUUUUUUGACUACAAGUUGUAUGAAUUCUUGAUGUAAAGUGCUUAUUCCAUAUCCCAUUGUUUCAACCCAUUACUCCUUAAAAAAUCAAAGUUUUAGUUUAAAACAGACACAUAAACAAGCAAAAAAGAGAAUAUUUUUGUGGCAGACAUUAAUUCCAUUGAGGGAUUAGUCCUGGAAUUUAGAUUAUAAAUUUGGGUCUCAGCUCCUGCCAAGAUUAUUUGUGUGGUGUUUUGAAGCAUAGCACCUGAUUCACAAAGGUCCUCUACCUAGCCAUGAGGGUACUUGUGAACUGGCAGGAAAAGCUAGGAAAGAUUGUGGGGGUGGGGGGUGGGGCUGGGCUAGGCUGGGCUGGCAUCUUUUUCUCUUGCUCUCACUUCUUGUUGUCUGUCUGGUUUCCAUCCGUCCUAUUUGGGUAGAUACAAAAAAAAAAAAAAACCAGACAAAAACAAAGGUUAAAAUUAAUUUCAGAUCAAGACAGUUAACUGUUUUGUUUGUAUUAAAGUAGCCGUGCAUAAGAAAUAGUAGCUGGUGAAAAAGGCAGCUAUUGGUGCUUCUAGAGACAGGGAUUUCAAUUACUUUUCUCAUAAGUGGCUUUCUAUGAUGUAAUAGCAACUGUGCCUGGGAAAGGGGCUGUAAGGCAAAACCCAAACAGAGGAGCCUGCUGUAGGCUAAAUAGACUGCAGUAAGAGGUCUUAGACAGUGUAGGCGAAGGUAGACAGCUGGUAACCAACUUUCAAUAAAACCCAGGUAGAGAAAAGCUCAUGUACUGACCUAAUCAUCUGCUACAUGUAUGCAGAAGAAAAUGGAUAUUAGCAAGAAUUUGUUUAGUAGGAGUAUCACUCAGGGUGUGAACAGUAACAGGUGAACAGUGAUUGAAUCAAAGGGACUUUUUUUUUUGCAGACUCAAAAAUCAGUUUGGGUUCUUGUCCAAAGUGAUGCUGAAUACCGUGGAGAUGACUUCACCGCAAGUCUGACGGCUGGUAAUGUAGAUAUACUCAAUAGUUCUGGCAUCCUUGUGGCUCAUUAUCUUCAACGGAUGGCUCCACGUGUCGAUGUAGGAGGGGAACUUCUCUACCACUAUGGCUCUGGGCAGGAAGUGGCCAUGAUGUCCUGCGCGGGUCGAUACACAGCAGAUGAUUGGAUCGCCUCAGCGACAGUUGGUCAAACAGGAUGGCAUUUAAGUUACUGGCACAAGGGCAAUGAGAAUGUAAAGGUUGGCGUAGAGUACGAGUAUAACACAAGGGCCCGCGAUAGUUCGGUCAGCGCAGGGUAUCUAAUUGAUGUACCCAAAGCUAAUUUUACAUUUCGCGGAAUGCUGGAUACAAAUUGGACAGUGGCGGCUGUUAUGGAAAAGAGACUUCCUCCAUUGCCAUUCACGUUUUUGUUGAGUGGUAUGGUAAAUCAUACCAAGAAUCAAGCGCGAUUUGGGUUUGGUCUAAAUAUAGGUUGACUGUUGGGUUCAAUGUCAGUAUCUGAGUAGCUCUGUACCUACCCCUCCCUCAGCCUUACAACACUCAACUGAUACCAAGUUAGGGUUAAUGUUGGACAAGGGGAGGGGUAGGUGAGUUGUUGCUUGGAUAUCGACAUUGAUACAAAUAUUGUUGCUAAGAGCAAUGAGAUUUUUUGUUAUUACUUUUAACGGCUUUGUGUGGAUCAAUCAGAUUGUGGAAGCAAACUCUCUCCAGAUUUGGCUUUUUCAGUGCCUACAGCACUGUCACCUUGAGGACCAGUGGGCAGGGUGUUUUUAUUUUAUUGGGGACUGGAGUAGGAACUGUUUAUAAAUGGAAUGGCGCAUGUAUAAAUGAAAGAUCCGAUAUACGUGUGGGGAAAGACUGAAAUUCAUGGUUGCAAAGGACAGAUCUGAAUGAAUUGCUUUCUGAUAAUCUCUGAAUUUCCUUCCUUCGGUGGAAGAGUACAGCUUGAUUAGAAGCUUAAUAAACAGCUCUCAUGUGGUCUUUCUAUAUUUGAAUGAGGUGUCACUUUUACUGAUUUCCAUCGGCUCCUUUGUCCUUUAUGACUGUCUGUAGACCUGUGUAGGUAAACUCUGUGAACAAACCCACGGAUACCACACGCUUCCUAUGUGUUCUACUCGAAACACACGCAUGUAACAUGCUGUCCUGAUAGUUUCCGCUUAAGACUGCCAACAAAUGAAUGUGCUUAAUGUUUUUCUAACAUAACGCGCAAAGCGCGUGGGCCAUAAAUCGAGCGGAAGAAACGAGGUUCCGUAACUUACAGUACGGACCGAGAAAAACGAGGUUAGUAAGAUGUUUAUUGUAUGUCUUGGUUCAGAUAGAAGGGGGAAAGACUUCAAUUCAAGCUGAGCGGCCAUCGAUGAUUGACGCGCGUCAAAUCCUAAGUACGAGAGUAUUUUACUGACUUCCACUAAAAACUGAACUUGGAGUCGUCAAAAGUUCAAAAUAUUCGUUUAAUAUUCAUGGUUCUCAAUAGUGCAAACUUACAUGCAAAGAACGUUAAAGUAUACAAAGCCUGC